AUGAUUUUGAAACGAAAAAAUUAUGCUUAUAAAAUGGAUUUUUUAUUGAAUCGCGCAACAGAAAUGGGCGAUAAUAAAGAAACUAACCCAAUAACUUCAGUGAUUAUUGUCGCUGAUAGGAAUAAAUGUCCGCAAGGUUUUCUACCGAUAACGAAGACAUUUGAUGAACAAAUUGAUGGCGAUGUAUGGAGAGAAAGUUCGUUUUCAUUUUUCAGCCGACCGGUUCGUUAUAUAGCAGUCAGUCGAGAGACACCACUAAAUACUAUUGGUGCACAUGUUGUAACUGAUUUAUGUGUUGUGAAGGAUUCCGAUCCAAUUCCGAUGGGUUUUAUUGCUAUUGAUUUUACUGCCGAUUCAAAAGAAAAAGCCCUUCGUAAAAAAUAUCUUUGUGUUCGAUCUGUUGCACGGGAUACUGUGCUUGAUGCUGUUGGCGAAAUAAUUUUGCUCAGUAAACAAAAAAAGCCACCUAGGAACUACUCAUCAGCUGGUGAAAUUGAUGGAAUUUUGGUAUGUUUCAAAUACGUUGUAAUUCCAGCUUCUUUUGGUAUCGGUUUACCUCGAAGUCAAUCUACAAUUGCUGGAAUAUAUCCAAAUGUUGCCGAAAAUUUUCGGCGUUCUGCACCAUCGCUCGAUCAAAUAACCGGUAAUCUUAAUUCCAUGAAUGCACUUACAAUUAAAACUGGUACUCAGAAGCGAGGAAUUGAAGAUGUUCCUUUUAAAUUAAAUCCCAUUUUGGAAAAGUCGAUGCUUCGAAAUCAGUUAAACGUAUUACCAGAACUUAAAGUCUUGGAUGAAGCAACAUUGGAACGUGAAUACGGUUAUCGUUUCACCGUUGAACGUGCAACACUUUCGCAUUCUUAA